AAACAAUCAAAAUCACUAGAUAUACAUUAAACUCUCGUUCUCGGGAGUUGUUAUCUAGUUUUCCCUCCCAAAUCAUCAAGAGCUUCACGUCGCAGUCUCUUUAAGAGUACUUUGCGCAUUUUUUCACCCCACCUCCACCCACCAACCUUAUCAUUUUCUAGAUUUCAAGCAAGAGCUUGUAAUCUAGAUUUUACUUCAAACAACCCGCAAAUAUGGCUUCCGCUGAUAAGGGUCUCGAGGAGAUCCAAGAGGGACAAAUCGAGUCCAACUAUGACGAGACCGUCGACUCUUUCGAUACCAUGAACUUGAAGCCAGAGCUUCUCCGAGGUGUCUACGCUUACGGUUUCGAGCGUCCAUCCGCUAUCCAACAACGUGCUAUUAUGCCAGUCAUCAAGGGCCAUGACGUUAUUGCCCAGGCUCAAUCUGGUACCGGAAAGACCGCCACUUUCUCCAUCUCCGUCCUCCAAAAGCUUGACCCCAACGUUAAGCAAUGCCAGGCUUUGAUCCUUGCACCAACCCGUGAGUUGGCUCAACAAAUCCAAAAGGUCGUUGUCGCCAUCGGUGACUUCAUGAACGUUGAGUGCCACGCAUGCAUUGGUGGUACCAGUGUUCGUGAUGACAUGAAGGCCCUUCAAGAUGGUCCUCAAGUCGUUGUUGGUACCCCAGGUCGUGUCCACGACAUGAUCCAAAGACGUUUCUUGAAGACCGACUCCAUGAAGAUGUUCGUUCUUGAUGAGGCCGAUGAGAUGCUUUCCCGUGGUUUCACCGAGCAAAUCUACGACAUCUUCCAACUCCUUCCUCAAUCCACCCAAGUUGUCCUCCUCUCCGCCACCAUGCCACAAGACGUCCUUGAGGUCACCACCAAGUUCAUGCGUGACCCCGUCCGUAUCUUGGUUAAGAAGGCCGAACUUACCCUCGAAGGUAUUAAGCAAUUCUACAUCGCUGUUGAGAAGGAAGACUGGAAGUUGGACACCCUUUCCGAUUUGUACGAGACCGUCACCAUCACACAAGCAGUCAUCUUCUGCAACACCAGAAGAAAGGUCGACUGGUUGACUGACAAACUCACUGCCCGUGAUUUCACCGUCUCCGCCAUGCACGGUGACAUGGACCAAGGUCAACGUGACUUGAUUAUGAAGGAGUUCCGUUCCGGUUCAUCCCGUGUCUUGAUCGCCACUGAUCUUUUGGCCCGUGGUAUCGAUGUUCAACAAGUUUCCUUGGUCAUCAACUACGAUCUCCCAGCCAACCGUGAGAACUACAUCCAUCGUAUCGGUCGUGGAGGACGUUUCGGACGUAAGGGUGUUGCCAUCAACUUCGUCACCGCUGAUGAUGUCCGCAUGAUGAGAGAAAUCGAGCAGUUCUACAGCACUCAAAUCGAGGAGAUGCCAAUGAACGUUGCUGAUCUCAUCUAA